CUCUUUCGAAGCAAUCCGACAUUUUGCGUUAUCCUCCAUCUUGUUAGGAGAUCGGAAGGUGUCGGUAGACGUUUAACAAUCUGUGUGCAUCGACACUAUAACGAACAUUUUUAUCAAGAAAGAUGAAAACUAUAAUUGCCAGUCAGACGGUGAAAAUACCGAAAGGUGUAGAAGUUAAAGUGAAGUCACGAAAGGUAACCGUGAAAGGUCCGCGUGGACGUCUACGUCGCGACUUUCAUCACGUUCAAGUCGAUAUGGAAGUCAUUACUAAAGAUAAAUUGCGAGUUCAGAAAUGGUUCGGUAACCGAAAGGAGUUGGCUACGGUUCGCACCGUUUGUUCACACAUCGAAAAUAUGAUCAGAGGUGUAACUAAUGGGUUCCAAUACAAAAUGCGUUCGGUAUACGCUCAUUUUCCCAUUAACGUUACCACUACGGAUAACAACAAAGUGGUAGAAAUCAGAAAUUUCUUGGGAGAGAAGUACGUCAGACGUGUUGGUAUGCAACCGGGAGUCACAUGUAAGAAUUCAACUCAAAAGGAUGAAUUGAUCAUCAGUGGGAAUGAUAUCGAAUUGGUUUCUCGUUCCGCUGCAAGGAUUCAACAGUCGACGUUAGUGAAGAGGAAAGAUAUCAGAAAGUUUUUAGAUGGUAUUUAUGUUUCUGAGAAAACUGAUAUCUCUGAUGAUUAAAUCUGUAUCAAUUAGAGCAUCUUUGGAUGAGAAUAAAAUGUUGAUUGGGAAUUAA